AUGAAGUUGUCAUUCGUCGCCGUUCUCGCAAUUGCUGCCAGCCUAGUCCCGGGUGCAUCUAUCAACAGUAGACUCGCCAAUAAUACAAUUGGCAAUCAAUCCUCCAAUGAUACUGCUGUUCAAAACCAAUCUGCCAAUAGUCCAGACGAUGGUCCUUCAAAUAUAAACAAUCAGAUGGAAAGCUCAGGCUUAGACAGGUCUACCACCGCAAGUGAAGCCAUAAAAUAUGGAGCGGAAGUUAUAGGAGAUAUUAUGGAAGAUACGGCAGAAGACAUUGCAGAAGAAAUCGAAGACGAAUUCGUAGAUGAUACCGACAAUACACCCCUCUCGCCCGGUAGACUCUGCUCCAAGCGCCGCAAACCUCGAUGCUGCGAAAAGGGCGGAAGAAUCUAUAGAGAUGGAUGCGUUACCCUCUCACCAUUUUCACCCCCUGUCAACCGCGAUGAUUUCCGAAGCACAUGUACAGACAUGGGGAAAACGGCUAUGUGCUGUGCUAAUACUAUUGAUAUGGCACAAAUAGGAUUCCGCUGUCGCAGAGUAAGAAAGUGA